AUGCGGUCCCGCGCCGAAAACUCAGACGAAGACACCGUCGUCGACGACGCCGGCUCUCCAAGAUCGUCCACAGACUCAUCAACAGAGUCGACCCCCCUCUUCGCAACCUCUUCCUCAACACCACCCAACAAGAGACCAGCAACAGGCCGCAGCAGAACAGACUCCCUCCUCGCCGCAGCAACCCAGCUCCACGUCCCCAAACUCCACAACGCAGACGCCAUCGUCGCGACCUUUGUCACAAUCAUCCUCCUCGGCGCCGGCUUCGGCGGCCUCUGGACCAUCCCCACCACCCGCAAAGUAGAAGACAUCGUCUGCCGGCAGUACUACGGCGUCCUCUACACCCAGGACGCCAUCGACGAGUCCAAGUGCAAGGAGGACGAGAUCCAGAGCGAGGUGGCCAUGAUCUUCGCCGUCUACAGCGCGCUGCAGGCGUCCAUUGGUGCCGUGUCCGCGUUUCCGUGGGGGAUCGUGGCGGACCGGCUGGGGAGGAAGCAGGUUUUUUCGUUGGCGGUGCUGGGCCAGAUGCUGGAUCAGGCGUGGUUUCUCGUCGUGUGUGCGUUUCCCAAGGUGAUUCCGCUCAAGGCUUUGUGGGUUGGGCCGUCGAUGUUGCUCGUUGGCGGGGGCAACGCCGUGUUAUCUGCCGUCGUCUUCUCGAUGCUCUCUGAUGUUACGACCUCGGAAAAUAGAGCCAAGAAGUUCAUGGCCGUCCACCUGGCCUCCAUGAUAGGAAACCUCUGCGCUCCCGCCAUCGCAGGCUGGAUGAUGGAACGAACCGGCCCUUGGCCCGUAAUGUGGCUCGCCUACGCCGGCUUCGCGACCCUCCUCUUCACAAUCCACCUCGUCCCGGAAACCAAACCUCCCGCCGCCAAAGUCUCCUCAGACCCCAUCGCCGACUCCCCCGAAGCAGACUUCCCCGUCAUCGGCACAAUCCAACACACCUUGGCCCGCCUCAAAGAAUCCAUCGCCCUCCUCAAGAACCCCUCCCUCGUAAUCCUCAUGGUCGCCACCCUAAGCUCCUACCCAGUCGUUAUGUCAACCUACCAAUUCAUGACAAUCUUCGCCUCGAAGCGGUACCACGUCUCCCUCUCCCAAACAGGCUACCUCUCCUCCCUCUACGGCUUCGGCGUCUUCCUCACCAUCGUCGCCGUCCUCCCCGCCCUCUCCAAGCUCCUCGCCUCCGCCAGAGCCCCGAAACCGCUACGCUACGCAGACGACCACGAGCGCGACCUCUUCCUAGGCCGCCUCUCCUCCGUCGCCCUCCUCCUCGGCGCGCUGACCAUGUCCGCGUCCCCGACCAUCGGCGCCUUCAUCGGCGGCCUGGCGAUCCUGGCGCUGGGUUCCGGGUGGGGGAGCUACGUGCGGAGCCUCUGCGCCGUGUACGUUGACGCGGCACACCGCACGCGGUUGUAUUCCAUCAUCUCGCUCGUCGAGACGGCGGGGCAGACGUACACGCAGCCUAUGCUUGCUGGCCUGUUUAGUCUGGGGAUGAAGCUUGGCGGGGCGUGGAUCGGGCUGCCGUAUCUCGGCGUCGCUGGGUUCUGCGUCGCUGCUUUGGGGUUGCUUCUCAUGGUUAGGCUUCCGCCUGCGGAGGGUAAGGGGGCGCAUGCGAUGGGGGAUGAUGGUGAAGAUGUUGGUGCGGGUGCUCAGUAA